GCGUAUUUUACAAACUGGGGAAGUAGCUGCAGCAGAAGCCGAGUCAGGGAGAAAGCGAAAUAGUGGGGGAGACCCUGAGAGGUUCCGGGGAAGCCAUCAUGACCACCCUCCAAACCAAGAAGAAUCCUCUCCUCCGGGGUGUGUCACCCACCCCUAGCAAGAUUCCGGUACCUUCAAAGAGAUGCCCAUCUCUCCCCGCUGUCAAGCCCUGCGCCCUGGACCAGGAGAACCAAGAUCCAAAGAGAUUGGAGCAGAAGACCAGUAUUCAACGUCCCCUUCUUGACUCAGCAUGCCCCAGGCCAAAAGCCACUCAUCAAGAAGAGAAAUCAGAGAGACUGGCGGGGAGCACUCUGCUUCGGAACCCCUUGGAGGAGCUCAGGCCUAGCCCUAGGGCACAAAAUGUGGGGCCUGGGCCCCCUCCCCAGACAGAGGUUCCAGGGGUCAUAGAGUUUGUGGCUGACCCUGAGGCCCUGGCUACCAUCCUGUCAGGUGAGGGGGUGAAGAGCUGUCGCCUGGGGCGCCAGCCCAGUCUAGCUCAGAGAGUACUGGUUCGAGGGAGCCAGGGAGGCACCAUCCGGAGGGGCCAGGGUGCCCGGGCCUCUGCAUAUUUGGCCCCCAGAACCCCCCAAAAUCGACUGGACCCUGCCAGGGCUUCCUGCUUUUCAAGGCUGGAGGGACCAGGACCCCGAAGCCGGACCUUGUGUGCCCAGAGGCUAGAGGCUGUGAUUCCACCUUCAGGACCUUCCUUUCACUCCUCUGCUCGCCCCAGCUUCCAGAAGCUAAAAAGAGAAACAGGUGGCAACAGCAGGACUUCAGUGAGCCAGGCCUUGGGAUUGCUCCUGGAGACCCCAGCCCAGCCUGCUUCUGUCCCAGAAGGAGAACAUGAAGUUGCCACUCACUCAGAUGAAGAAGGAAAGGGCCCUCUCGGUCUGACCCAGUGGGUUCCAUUGAGAGAAACCCAAGAGAUAACACACACCAAGGACCGCCGGGACUGCCACUCAGUGCCUUCCCCUGGCCAUGUGCUGUUACCGUCUAUCACUCGCCCGUCCCCCUUUGGACUGGCUCAGCGUGUGCCCUCGCCGGGCCCCUCGUCUCUGACCUCACAUUCAGUGUUGCGGCGUCAUGCCAUUCGCCCCAAAACCCAGUUCACACCCACCCCAUUGGCUCCCAGAGCUCAGCAGGUAAGAGAGGGCAGGGGAGGUAGCUGGCAUAGGAAGGGAAUGAAUGGGUGCAGGAGGGGUUAUGACAUCUCACUUCUGUCCCAGGUCCGAUGUUUGAGUGGCCUCUCUCCUCAGUCUUGCCCUGAAGAGCCCGCCCUGUCCUGGGAGCAGAUUGCAGUCCGGUUAUUUGACCAGGAGAGUUGUAAAAGGUGGCAGGAGGGGCCCGGGAAACCACCUGUGGCAGCUCCUCAUGGACCCCACCCCACUAGAACCCCCAGCUUCCAGGAGCUAAAGAUGCAGCGCAUCAGUAUCCUGCAGCAGCUUUUGCAGCAGGAGGUUGAAGGGCUGGCAGGGAGCAAGCAUGCCCCCCUUAAUGGAGGAUCCUCUCUGGAUAUGGUUGAACUUCAGCCCCUGCUGGCAGAGAUUCCUAGAACUCUGAACGCCCCACAGCAUAAUCCUGGGGCUUCCUACCUUCCUGAACUGUUACAACACUCUGGACUGCCAGAGCCCUGCCCUCCAGAGGAGUGUGGGGAAGCACAGCUCUGCCCUGGAGCAGAGCCUGCGGUCGCUCAGGCCUGCCCCCCAGCGGAGCCGGGGCCACCAGAGUCCUGCCAUAGGAGGGAGCCCGAGAUUCCAGAGCCUGCCACCCAGGAACAGCCUGUGGUGUCUGAGGCCUGCCCUCCAGUAGAGCCUGGACCCCUUCCAGCCUGCUCCCCUUGGGUGGAGCCUGGGGCAUCAGAGGCGGGCUCCCUGGAACCUAGGAGUACAGAGUGCAGUCCGCAGCCCUGCUGCUGUCAGUGGGCUCCAGUGACCACCAGUGUGACCUUCUCCUCCCAGCACCCACUUUGUGCCAGCCCCCCUAUCCGCUCACUCCAGUCUCUGAGGCCCCCAACAGGCCAGGCAGGCCCCAGUAGUCUGGCUCCCCGAACCCUGGCCCUGAGGCAGCGCCUCAAAGCAUGUCUGACGGCCAUCCACUGCUUCCACGAGGCGCGCCUGGACGAUGAGUGUGCCUUCUACACCAGCCGAGCGCCUCCCUCAGGCCCCUCUCGGGUCUGCACCAACCCUGUGUCCAAGUUGUUGGAAUGGCAGGACGCCCUGUGUUUUAUUCCAAUUGGUUCUGCUGCCCCUCAGGACUCUCCAUCAUGAGGCACCCGCCUCCACCUGCUCCUGCUCUUCCUUGCUCCUUCCUUUUAGCCCUUAUUUAUUUAGCCCUCAGGACU